AUGGAACAAAUAAAGAAGGAAAUCGAGGCGGAUCCUUACGAGGCUUUAUUCGGGAGGAGACUUGAACCGUUUAAGACGUCGGGCAAGAAUGAGAAUAUUUUCUCUUCCUUGUUUCAAUCCUUUUUCGGUCAUGGGUCAAAGGCAGAAGCCGAGCCGAAGGCAACUGAUACGACUGCGCGCGUGAAGACUGAUGCUUCACAUUCAUCAGAUCCUCGACCUAGUGACAGACAGUCAGCAAGCCCCAAAAGCGAGAUCAAUGCAUAUGACGAGCCGGCGAAGGAUGAUAUUGGAGACUAUGAGUUUGAUCCAAUCACUGGUCGCAUGGUCCGGAAGAAGGGGGAAGCUUGUGAGAUGUCUCGGAAUAACAAGCACACCGAAACUCCCACUUCAUCGAUUCAUUUGAAUACAGUUCAAAGUGACGCAGCUCAGAGUGCUGGCUUCCUUUCCCCGGUAGACCACUCAGAAACACACUCAGACGCUAAAGGUGUUACAAGGGCUGCAGCCCAUGAAAACACCGUGCAAUCUGAGAGCGUCCAUGAGUCGAGUCUUCAAAGUACCACACAGGGCCCGGGCGAAUUUACCUAUGGCAGCAGUACCUUACCUGCGAAGCCAGGAAAUUCUGAUGAAAACAUCCUCAAAGAGCCAACUGAGCCUAGAGACGAAUCUACGGCUUUUUCAAAGGCAGUACCGGCACCGGGGAUUGAAACGACUAACGAGCCGUUACCAAUUGACCAUGCUCGUUUAGAGGCUGACAAUGUGCCUCCCUCCGCGGUUAGCCAUCAAAAUGAACUGUCGUCAAGCGUCCCGACGAAAUCAAAAGAUCCAUCCACUACACUACAUAUGACAUCGAACGAGCUUAAACAGCAGGAAGAAUGGGUUACGCAGGCAGAAAAGGUUGAAGAUCUGGAUAUUCUACGCGCCAGUGACAUUCGCACACCGUACGAGCUGAAGAACAAGGAUCGAGAUCCGGAAGAACAACUGAGGGAAAAGCGGCGCAAACUGGACUUUGCUUUUGAGAUGGCCGAAGACCCAGUCAAAGACCUAGAUGCUCAAAGAAUUCGGGAGAAGUACAAAACCCAUGAAGCUUCCAAAUCAAAGGAGACGGAUUCGGACCAACUUGACUCACCAAAGUCUCAAUUGCGCUCUCAGAGUUCGAUGACUGCAAGUACCUCCCUUCCUCGUUCUCAAGAAGACUUUCCCAACGGAAGGAUCGAUCCAAAUCAUGAAGCAGAGGAGCCGCACGAUCAAGUUCAAGUCUCUCCGAAUGAUACUUGGGCAACAGCCACAUAUCGUGUUCUUGUAUAUGACCCCUCUACCUUGCAGGUGGUGGAAGCAGAGACAAGCUCCUCACUGCAGUCGACUGAUAAGCUACUUUCGCCCGCGGAAGUCCUUUCUCGACUGAGCCACCCUGCGAAGUUCGUGCCGUACCUUGCUAAAAUGCACGAUGACGGGUAUGAAAUUGUCUCUGGCGGGCAGGAUAUCAUUGUCUUUAUAAAGGCUUCCGAGGGUGGCUCAGCUAUGCGUUCAAAGACCCCAAGCCGUGGUGAUAUAGCAGGACGACUCAUGUCCCCUCAAUCAGACCCCGUUGAAAACAUCCGAGCGGCGACUGCUCCUUCUGACUCGUCGCCCAAUCCGGCCAUUGUAAGCUCUGCUGAUGCUUCAAAAGACACUGAUCAUGCGAAGGCUUGGUCCAGAGUUCGAACAGCACUCCGUAGAAUGCUCAUCUGUGGUGUAGCGACGGCAGGAACGUGCUACGCUAUUGGUGUCGUUGUCGAGUAUUUUCGCACCGGGGGCCAAGACGGACGGGGUAUUGAUGGAUUCACCGAGUUUGAGUCCGAAAGGCGUCACAGAGACCGGGAAUAA